UACUCAUACUCAUACGUAUUUCCUAAAAACAUAUAAAAUCCUACUCAUAUACUAGAUUAUUUUUUCUUAUAUAUAUCCAAAUCGUAGUUACAAUAAGUGUGUUGAUUACUGAUCAAGUGUUGCUCUUCGACUUUAAUCAACACCAUGAAGUUAGAACUAUUUUGUAUUUUUGCGGUACUAUUUGCGGUUAGAGCAGAAGAACAACGUUGGGCACAAUUUAAGCUCGACAAUUCCAUUACAUUCUCCAAUGCUACCGAAGAAGCAGUGCGAUACAACAUAUUUGAAGAAAAUUUAAAGAAAAUCGAGGAACACAACAAACUAUACGAUGAAGGAAAGGUCUCUUGGACUCAGAGCGUCACUGAGUUUACUCAUCUAUCUGCUGAUGAGUUUUCAGCUUUGCUAACGUACAAAAUCAGAAAAACUGAUACAGUUAGAAUGAAUCUAUUGGAGGGAUUCAACUUGUCAGUUCCAGAAACUUUUGACUGGAAAGACCAAGGCAAAGUUACGAAGGUGAAAAAUCAAAAAAGUUGCGGAUCCUGUUGGGCAUUCGCUAUUAUUGCAGCUACAGAAUCACACUACCUUAUCAAAACGAACCAGACCAUUAUGUUAAGCGAACAAAACUUGGUAGAUUGUUGUCCACGUAAAUAUUCCUGUUUUGGCUGCGAUGGUGGCUCGUUGAUUGGAGCAUGGCUGUAUAUGAUGGAAACAGGAGUAGCAUUAGAGUCAGAUUACCCAUAUACGGGGAACCAAGGAACUUGCCAGAACAAAACUAAACUGUUCAAAAUAAAAAAAUAUGUGCUCUUACCAAAAAACGAGGUUUCUAUGAAAGAAAAUGUAGCCAAUGUGGGACCCUUAGCUGUCUCGCUGAAUGCAGACCUACUCCAGAACUACAAUAGUGGAAUACUGGACGAUUCCACUUGUCCAACCAACAAAAACAACCACGCCGUCUUGGUUGUUGGUUACGGCAAUAAAAAAAGCACAGACUACUGGCAUGUCAAGAACUCGUGGGGUAGCAAUUGGGGUGAAAGUGGGUACUUUAAGAUAAAACGAGGAAGCAAUACUUGUGGAAUCCAACAGGAGGCACAGUAUCCAGUGUUAUAUUAAUUUGUUUGUUUUUAUAUUACCGUUGAUUGAAGGAAAUAAGUUAUAGUUUAGUCCCAGUUCUUUCAACCAACGAUAUUACUUAAAAUACCGAGGAUUGUAGGUAAUAAAUAAAUACACUGUAAAA